AUUGUAGCGCAAAUUGGUAAACACUUUCAUGACUUACUUCUCACGCGGCGAUUCUCUUUAGUUCUGGCAGCUGGUCUUCAUUGGGCGAUAGAAAUUAGAGAUUGGGCGUUUUUAGCUGCGCACAUAAAAUGUACAUAGCGUGCAAGCAUGAGUGCUUGGCGGUACAGGGUACCAGCGAAAGCGCUGUUGCGCGUUGGGCUCUUUUAGUGUGCGGCGCAGAAUUGGGCGCAUUGGCAUUGCACUGCAUGCACAAACCGCAUAGUUGGGCGCUUACUGAAGCCAAAUUUAUAGCGCGUAUUUUAAAGUUGCUAAGGAGCUUGGUUACGCGUACGCCGUAGGCGCGGCGCACUUCACUUGCCAUUUUGCUGUCACUUUGAGCGGACGUGCGCUGAUCUCCACAACUAAUAUUACUAUGCCAUUACCAAUGACCACUCCAGACGAUCUGGACGAGAGCAGGUUGCUGAGGUGCAACAAGUGCCCGAAAGUAUUCUUGCAGAGACGAAGUCUCUACCGGCAUCUGCAAGAUUGCCAUGGCCCACCCAGAUACCUCGACUGCCAGAGGUGUGAAUUCCAGUCUAAACGGCGGGACAACCUUCGCAGACACUACAGAAGGGUACAUCCGAAACACAUGGAUGACCUCCAUUUUUCAAGCAGCCCUCAGGGGCAGCUACCACACAGUCACCGUUGGAUGGAGCGGAGGGAUAUCGCAAAAGUGUCCUACAGCCCCAGGGCAAGACCUGCAGCAACGGCGAGCUGUCCCCCGGAGACAGUAAAUGCUCCAGCUAAAUAUCCAGCUACAGUUCCACCCACACCACGAGAAGCGGUGCAUGUGGCACCUCCUCAGCCUACACCAUGCAGUGUCUGGAAUGAGAUGGACAUUCCAGUAGCUGAGGAGGUGGUGAUCUCGCCAGCCGCAUCACUAUCCUUACUACCAGCAACCGCUGAGGAGCCGCUGCCCACCCACAACAAGACACCUAGCCCGGUUUCGGCACCAGUGAGCGGGAAACCCCUAGCCUGGCUGAAAAGCCAACUUCAACAGCAAAAUCUGCCUACAGCCUCGGCCUCGUCAAGUGAGUCAAGCGAGGACUCAGACGAAGAAGAGGAGGUCACCAAGAAGAAAUCAUCCCUGCUCAAUAUUGCCAUCGACAACGGCCUGACCAAGGUGACAGAGGUCGUCACCAAGACGAAUUUCCGCAACGGCGACAAGGUUUCCGAGGUGACGCGGACCAGGGUGUAUGAAGCCGGCAGCAAGUAGAUCCAAAGUCUUCAAGUUCGUCUAUCUGGACUUAACUUUUAACUUCAAUUAAUUGUUCCUCGUCGCGUUGCGGAUCAGGACUCUAGUGCCACCUGUUAAUCAACAAGAGAGUCUAAGUGUUUUUAUUUUAUUCUGAAAUAUUAAGUGUUGCGGAUAAGGACUCUAUCGUCCCAGUUAAUGUUUUACUGUUAAUUCAGAUAAUUGUUGACGAAUUCAUUGUUCAAGUGUUUUUGUUGAGGAUCAACAGACUCUGGUCAUCGGUGAAAUUAGCUAUAGAGUCAAUGUUUUUAAGGAAAUGUCUUGAAAGAAUUAGAAUUGCUGAAUUGUUUAAUCACAAAAUAAUUGCUGCCUUUAUCCCUCACCUUUUUAACCAAUUUGCUUGUUAGAGUUUCAGCCUAAGUGAACGGGGACCGUUCAGGCUUCGAGUGGGGCUAUGUAGCGCAAAUUGGUAAACACUUUCAUGACUUACUUCUCACGCGGCGAUUCUCUUUAGUUCUGGCAGCUGGUCUUCAUUGGGCGAUAGAAAUUAGAGAUUGGGCGUUUUUAGCUGCGCACAUAAAAUGUACAUAGCGUGCAAGCAUGAGUGCUUGGCGGUACAGGGUACCAGCGAAAGCGCUGUUGCGCGUUGGGCUCUUUUAGUGUGCGGCGCAGAAUUGGGCGCAUUGGCAUUGCACUGCAUGCACAAACCGCAUAGUUGGGCGCUUACUGAAGCCAAAUUUAUAGCGCGUAUUUUAAAGUUGCUAAGGAGCUUGGUUACGCGUACGCCGUAGGCGCGGCGCACUUCACUUGCCAUUUUGCUGUCACUUUGAGCGGACGUGCGCUGAUCUCCACAACUAAUAUUGUGAGUAGAAAAUAGUGUGAUUUAUAUCGUGACACUUUUCCCAGCUAUUUAAUUUAGGGCAAGUCUAGCUUGGGGUAAUUCAGCGCACAGUUAUCCAAAGUCCGCAUAUUUUAGGUGAAAUUUAGGAGAGAAUAUAAGCCAGAAAUCUUGUGAAUAAUUUAUUUGGAAACCAUUUGGAGGUCUGAUCACCUCCGGAGGUAACUGGAGGUGACUGGAGGUAACUGUGCUUGGAGGUACAUGUACCUCCGAUUCAUUUGGUGCGAAUUAAAUGGUGCAUUGAGUAGUACAAGUUAUAUCUUGUUUCCGAUUGUCAAUUACUUGCUUGUCCAAUAGGGUUUGCCUGCAAGUGGGGAUAUAUUUUCCCCAAACGGACGCACCCCCCGGGUUGUUGAGAACCCGCCGCCCAUAUAGAAUCCCCACCGCGUGCGGAGCCGCUCCCGCACGCAACUCAAUAAAAUAAUUUGUGGGAGGAAAGAACGUCA